GCGUGACACUUCAGUAUGAGUAAUCCCACGCUCCUUCCAUUCAAUACAUACACAGCGAGGAGACAAAUGUGACAACUUAUUGCACUCUGACUGAAAACAAUGUGGAAGAAUAUAUGGAAUAAGGUGUUCAUGGUCCUGAUGGUGGGGAACCUGUUUGUGCCCACUGACACAAAUUACACCAGUAGAGAAGGAAAGUCUCGGAGACGGAAACUGGAGUCACAAACUCGGCGGAACGCCUCGUCUGUCAGAAUCUCCCCGGAUCCAAUGAUGACAGGUCCAGAAUCAGGUGUGAUGCCCGGUGCUGUUGAAAUUGACUUUGACAAGAGUAUUGAGGACAUGGUGUCUCAGGUCCGAAACAAUCCCAACUUAUCCAUAAACAAAUGUGUGGUGGAUCGCAAACUUUGGAUGUCCAACAGUCGCAGUCUUUCUCCCUGGUCCUACAGAAUCAACCACGAUGAGGACCGUAAGCCCGUGGACAUCCCGGAGGCCGUGUGUUCGUGUGUGGGCUGCAUCAAUCCUUUCACCAUGCAGGAGGAUCGCACCAUGACCAGCGCCCUCAUCUACGCCAAGAUCCCCGUGCGCAGAGUCCUGUGCCACCGGCCAACCAGGAAACCGACGAAGAAUAAGAAAUGCGUUCCCCGUUACAGAUCGGUGGUGGAGAGCAUCGCCGUGGGGUGCACGUGCAUCGUGGGGUAGCUGAGUGGGACCAAUACAACUUCAGCCUGUUUUACCUACUGCAAAUAACGCGGAUCCCAAUUGUGAAUAUUAUGCUUUUCUGUAGGGUGAGAUCAAUAAAACACAACUGUAGCUGUGUAGGCGCCUUUUCUAUUUGAAAAGAUGAUUUUUAUUUAAGAUCUUGAACAUUUAAUGUCGUUAAGUAUUAAUUGUUGUGACAUCACAAAUUAAAAAAA